GGCUAAAAAAGAAGAAAAAAGAAGAGUCUGCGAGUGGAGAGACAUUGCAUUUUUCUCUUGAAUGUUAAGUUGUACGUUGUUCUUGUGCUUUCGUGUUUUGGUGAUACGUUUUUCCUUCGAUAAAAUAAAUUGUUUCCGAACUCGUGGUAUAGACAUUGAAAAACGGUUCUAAUGGAUGCCGAUACUUUGCCGUACGUGUCGGAGUAUGCAAAAAGCAACCGGGCAUCGUGCAAACUUUGCAAGAACAAAAUAGACAAAGAUGAACUACGUCUUGGGGCGAUGGUGCAGUCGGCGUUUCACGACGGCAAACAAGCCCAGUGGUAUCACGAGCGGUGUUUUUUCCAAAAACUUCGGCCAUCUACUGAAGGAGAUGUGGCUCACUUCGAAAAUCUGCGCUACGAGGAUCAAGAGAGGAUUCGCCAAAAAAUCGGUAAGUUCAACCCAAUUCUCAAAGAAAUAUUUCGCAUCGUAAUUACUAAUUCUCAGUUACUAAUUAUUCAUGUUCAAACAUUUACUACAGCUGCGAUUGGCACUGGAGUGGUACCCCCGAAAAAGGGUGGAAAAGGAAAAAAGCGUUCGGCUGAAGAGACUGUUGCAUUGAAGGAUUACGGAAUUGAAUAUGCGUCAUCCGGUCGUGCAAUGUGUCGUGGAUGCGAAAUAAAAAUUUUGAAAGAUGAACCAAGAAUCAAAAAAGUUGAUUACACAACUGAAGUCGGCAUGAAGUAUGGUGGUCAGGCACUGUGGCAUCACAUCGAGUGUUUCGCCCAGGUGCGUUCUGAAUUGGGGUACUUCGAGAAGGGAGAGAUGUUGCCAGGCUUCAAUUUAAUGAAAAAAGAGGAUAAAGAGAAAAUUAAAACUUUGUUACCGGCGAUUAAAGUGGAGGAUAUUCCAGUUAAAAAACUCAAAGCUGAGCCAAAAGAUGAAACCGAUUCCGCUCAAGAAGCUGUUGAUGAAAAGCUUUAUGCUACACAACAAAAAGCGUUCUACAAAAUUCGGGAUAAGCUGAAGGAUCUUGACGUAAAGAAAACAGAUUUGAUCAGCAUUUUGAAACGGAACAAACAAGCGAUUCCGGAAGGUCCGAGUGAAUGUUUGGAACGGGUGUGUGACAUCUUAACCUUUGGUGCGUUGCAGCCUUGUCCCAAAUGCAAAGGGCAAUAUGUACUUCAGAAGUCAGCCUACCAGUGCGAGGGAAACCUUUCUGAGUGGGUUAAAUGUUUGAACACAGAUAAAAAACCACCACGCAUUCCAACUAAGCUUCCCUCUGAAAUAAAGAAGUCCUAUUCGUUUCUUGAAAAAUAUAAGUCCGUAGUUAGCGACCGCGUUAUCAAAUAUGUUCCUCCUAGCUUGAGUACAACAAUGAAGAAAGUCAAAAAGGAGGAAGUUCUUGAGCCGAAAGUAAAGCGUGAAAAGCCCCCACUGUACAAUAUGCAGUUUGUGAUUCUCGGCAAAACCGAGACCCCGAAAGACCAACUCAAAGAUAAGAUUCAAAAGCUCGGCGGCAAGGUUGUAACCAAAAUUACUAAUACUAUUGCUGCCAUAAUCUCUACUCCAUCAGAAGUAGAAAAAUUGGGAAGCCGAAUGCAAGAGGCGAAAGACAUGCAAAUUCAGGUAGUUCCGGAAGAUUUUCUCGAGGACGCUAAAGCGGGUGGUGCAUUGUCCUACAUUACGAGCAAAUCCAUUUGCGAUUGGGGCUCGGACCCUCAUACUCGUAUCCCGCAGGACGAGGAAAAGUCCAAAUCGAAGAAAAGCAUUUACACGAAAUCGAUACCAACCAAGAUGACUCUCAAAUUGAAAGGGGGAUUGGCCGUGGAUCCGGACUCGGGACUAGCUGACGUGGCCCAUGUGUACAAAGAUGGCAAGCUGGUGUACAAUUGCGUUCUGAACAAAGUGGACAUUCAAACUGACAAGAAUUCUUACUUCAAGAUGCAAGUUUUGAAAUCAGACAUUGGGCAGCGCUACUGGUUCUUCCGUGCCUGGGGUCGCAUAGGAACGACAAUAGGCGGGAACAAAGUGGAAGAUUGCGAUACCAUUUACGACGCGAUAGAGUCUUACCAACAUCACUUCCAGGAUAAGACUGGCAACUCGUUGGAGGCACACAACAAAGGUCUUUUCAAAAAGCGUCCUGGUUUGUACUAUACUGUAGAUAUCGACUAUGGAGAUGACAAGACGAAAAAGCUGACAGAAAAUAAUAAUAUCAAAUCUAAGUUAGAACCUGCCGUGCAGGAUCUGGUGCGAAUGUUGUUUGAUGUCGAUACCAUGAAAAAGGUAAUGUUGGAGUUCGAAUUAGACAUGGAAAAAAUGCCGCUCGGAAAGUUGUCACAAAAGCAGCUCCAAGAAGCGAUGCAAGUACUGACGGAAAUAUCAAACUUGAUUGUUAACGGAGGCAGUAACCAGCAAUUCAUUGCCGCAUCCAAUCGUUUCUAUUCGUUGAUUCCACAUAAUUUUGGUGUUGAAACUCCUACCAUUUUGGACACCGUGGAACAAGUUAGAGAUAAACAAGCCAUGCUCGAAAGUUUGAUGGAGAUUGAAAUCGCUUAUAGUUUGUUGAAUGCUGAAACGGAUGAUACCAAAAAUCCAUUGGAUGCUCACUAUGAGCAACUCAAAACAGACAUGGAAACACUUAAGCGUGAUUCGGAGGAGUUUAAGCUGCUCGAGAAGUACGUGAAGAAUACUCACGCUGAAACGCACACCGCGUACCAACUGGAAGUGAGCGAGAUAUUCAAGAUUCAACGCAAAGGUGAAAUUCGCCGAUACAGGCCGUUCAAAAAACUGCAUAACCGUAAACUUUUGUGGCACGGAUCGCGUCUCACUAACUUUGUCGGUAUUCUGUCACAUGGUUUGAAAAUUGCACCACCUGAAGCACCCGCUACGGGUUACAUGUUCGGAAAGGGUAUCUAUUUUGCCGAUAUGGUUUCAAAAUCGGCUAACUAUUGUUGUACAAGUUCUCUAAAUUCUACCGGUUUGAUGUUACUAUGUGAAGUAGCUUUGGGAGAUAUGCAAGAGUUCACACAGGCUCACUACGUUACCAAACUACCGGCAGACAAGCACAGUACCAAGGGCGUGGGUCGCACUCAGCCAGAUCCCAACGACGUUUACACUCGGCCAGAUGGUGUUCAGAUUCCGUACGGUAAAGGAGUUACGCAAGAUCCAAAUCUGCGUACGUCUUUGCUGUACAACGAAUACAUCGUAUACGACGUAGCUCAGGUCAACUGUCAGUAUUUGUUCAAAAUGAACUUCAAGUACAACUAUUAAAUGGUAAGCGGUUGAAAAUUUCACACCAAAUGAGAUUCCUAUCUUUUCAAAUACAAUUAUUUUUAAACCGUGUUGUGUACAAAACAUCACGAUAUGUUUUUACCGGUAUAUUCUUUGAUUUUUAUUCGUUUACAGUAAUAUGCAUAUUCGUACCGCGAUAACAGUUAAA